AUGGCUUUGGUUGGUGGGGAGCACCGCGUAACCGAAGACAUCGUUGCGGUGAAGUAUCUAGAAUCGGUCAGGAGGCUGUACUUCAAUCCUCAUGCUAAAGACUUAGAGCGGAGAACUGUGCAGCUCCUGGCGCAGCUUCUUGCAUGCCCUCCCCACUCCUUGCUGGUGUGGGACUCUCUGAGAAGGACUAGAUUGCUUACCACUGUCGCCCGGGUAUUAGGGUCGGAGAAAAAGCUUCAAGGUCUUUUAUCGGUAGGUGGGAGACCCGAAGAUUACUUGAGGGUUGUGGAGCUUGCUUCCAACUCGAGCCCAUGCGAAUGCAUGAAUCAUCUCACGAAAGGUGAAGACAGCCAUACCGAGUUGGAGCCAUUCUUCGCGGUCCUUGGUCGGUUAGGGAAGUUGGAUUGUGAUGCUGCUACCUACCGUGCUUGCUAUGAUUCGUUUGCGAGGGCAGUCUCUAAUCUUCUCUCUGAUGCCCGGAACUGUGCUCGUCUCGUUCGAGCAGACAUAUCACCCAUAAAAAUACUUUUCAAUACAUUGAAGGGUUCCCCGUCGAGCAGAAUUGACGUUUCCCUUUGUGUGCUACGGGUUAUUUUGCAGAUACUUUUGCAUACGGCCGCCUUUACAUGCAUUUGGAUAAAGGAAUUUAGCGAUUUGGACGGACCUUCGACGUGCCUGUCCGUGGUUCUUACGUGGUGCGGAACAUGCGAAGAUCCGAGUCUUCCUCUGAGUACCGAAUCUACCGUAGUGUUUGAUCUUCUUUGCUUGUUGCUUUCUUUUCCCGGUAAUGGACGGGGGCCCAGCAGUGCACUUUACAUGUAUCUGAGGGGCUGCCACUGGGAGGCUGAGAAUCUGGAGGUCGGUCCGCUGGAUGAUACGGCGACAAUAGGUAUGUUUGGGCUCAACGUGCUUGUGGAAGCUUGUUCCAUCGCCAUGAAUUUUCGUCCUGCUAUCUUUACUCACCUUGCCCGACUCCUCGUCCGGGCGCUGAAGCUGGGGGGCGACGACGUUGUGUCGGCUGGACUCGUGAGUGCAGCACUGGUUGCUGUUUUGAGGCAGUAUGCCAAAUUUUGUGAUGACUGUGAUAAAACGAUAUUAGCUAUCGUCCGUUUGUGUGUAACAGUUUGCAGCUGCCACGGGGCUUACGAUGCGCAAACUGAAGGGGCUACCCAACUUUGUACGCUAGUGGUAGAGCUCGUAUGUGAUAUGAGGGGACAUAUAUCGAAAGGCACUGUCCGGGCUGUCAUGUGCUUAACCAGCCGCGUAAAUGCAGAGUCUACGUUCACAAGGCUCUUCUCCGUUCACUUACUCGAGAGGUUGGAAGGGAGGUUAGCCAUUUCACAGGAUCCCGCUGAGGUGUAUUUGUUUCUUCAAAUGAUGAAUGAAAUAUGUGGGAAUGUUCCCGUCCUACGAAGGGAAUUCAUGCUUACUCUCAACACUCUUUUCCAGCUGUUGGGUACUGAGGCAAAGAACGGCCGCGAGACGCUUAUGUUGUGUGUGGAUUUGCUCUCGACCAUGUGUAGAGAUGAUGAAGAAACAACUUUUAAUAUCUAUGCCGGGCUGCGGGAAUUCAUCACACGGAGCGAUUUUUGCUCAGUUGAUUCCAUCCGGCUCGGGUGCUGGGGUCUGCAGGCGCUGAUAGAUCUGCUGGCGCAUGCUUCGUCCUCUUUAACGCAUUUUGCUGACUCUGUUGACUUCCUCGUAACGUGCGUUGAGAAACUGUGUGUUGCCAUGUGCCGGGCGUUUGACUCACAGAUGACGGUUACAGAAUGUUUUGGGGUACCUUCCCAAAUUUUAGGUCCCCAACCAUUGGAGGUAGGCGGCUUCGAUGUGAAUCCAGGCAGUGUCGUACCGAACGUGUAUUAUUUUUAUUGCCAAUUCUUAGUUCUUGGACUCCAUGCACUAUGUUACGUUCAGGCUACAUCAACAGGUACGUUCUUCAGGGAUCUACCCGCGAAACUUGAACGGGUAUUGGCUAGGGGGCCUUUUCUCCGGUGUAGGGUGUACACUUCUGCGGUUGUUCGUGCCCUUAUUGCGAUGGCAUCGUCCACCUCAUCUGUUGUUUUUGACGAAGUAUUCUUCGCCAACAGAGGUGACUGUGCCCAAUGGUUUGCAGGAUGGGGUGCUGUGCAUCGUCGUUCAUGGAGGUUUAACACGUCGUUCGGUGACGUUUCUUUUUUUCACGAGAGGCAGCGGAUUGUCCACAUUGGGUACUUUUGGUGUCUGCAGCGGCUUCUUCUACAGCUCUCGGAUACUUCUCAGAAGUCGAUGCUUGGCGCGUCGGUACUGGAGCUUUGGUUCAAUGUUUUUUCCAACUCGUCCGAAAACAUCUACAUCUUGAUGGAUAGUAAGAUGACCCUCACCUUGGCGAGCCUUUGUGCCGUUUCGGCUGCCGAUGAUUGCGAGUAUUCGUUUGAAAGAUAUGAGAUACUUCUUAAAACAAUGCAUGAAAUGGGGGUAUACGGGAUGGACUGCGCAUCCGUACUAUACCUUCUCCGGUUAUGCUUGUGUGACCGCGAUAGCUCCUCUGUCCUGUACAACGACGAGGCAACUGUGAAAGUGCUAUCUACUUUAAAGACCCUGUUGCGUCAGUCUCUCCCAAGCAAUGGACCGGUGCUGUUUUACGGUGUUUCCUCAGGGUGUACGCCGCGGUCGCACUUUUGCAACAACACUGCGGCUUUACAGGUGAGGGGACCACGCAUUGGUGGAGGAGUUGAUAUCCCUGUUCUCCUUGGCAGGGUGAAGUCUGACAGGUGUUUUUCGUUUGUUCUUUGGUUUCUCCUCGAACCGAAGUCGCCACAUACAGUUGAGGAGGUAGACAUUAUUUUGAUGUCAAUAGCUUUUAAUCGAAACAGCGCAUUUAUCCAGCUUGUUUACACUGUCCAAGGAACGUUGCACCUACGGGUGAUACUGAGGUCGCCUGAAGAUCGAAACCAGCAGCAGCAGCGGCUUCAUUCUGAAUACGUUUUGUUCUCCAAUGAUGAAAUACCAACCAAAAGGUGGUGCAUGGUAUCGAUGCUAGUGUCUCAAAAGCGCACCAAAUCAUUUGGUAGAAACCCUAAAUAUUUGCUGAACGUUCAACUUUCAUUGUACACAGGGAGUCAAGCCGAUGCCCAGCCAUCAGUAGUGAUGAAGCUGAGUGAUAUAAGGUGUCAUGGAACGUGUAAGGGCGGUCAGUUGCUCCGAGAGGUAAACAUGGUUUCGCUUGUCAUGACGGAUGGACCGCCAACUAACUAUCCGCGGCGGUUUCUUUUGGGUUCGCUUGGCGCGUUCGGUGGAGUGCUCUCGCGGGUUGAGGUGGAGAUGCUCUUUGCCAUGGGAAGUGACUCCUUGUUUUCACUCCAUUUCAUGGACAAGAAAUUUGUGAAUAAUCUCUUUCCGGCGCUGGCCUACAUGUCUGAGAGAAACCGAGGAAAACACGGGGCGCAGCUUAUGCGAUUGGCAGUGCCGUGGUUGGCGCAGGGUUACGCCAACGCGGAGAAUGCCAUUUUGGCUUCUACAUUCCCCUUUGCAGUGUAUCAGAAAAGGGAGCGACAGGUGGUUGUCGCUGGCGUGCGCAACGGCGACCUCUGCGUCGAGUCGAACGCAGAAUACCUUCAACCCACCAAUGACAGACCAAAAGUGCAGGGCAGCGGCGCUGAGGAGACGCUUCCACCGGCUUCUGCGCGGUCAGUAAAGAGUGGAACCCGGAUCCCUGUACCGAUUUUCCUGGGCGUGCGCUCCGUGUCCGAUUUGCAGAACUCUGGGGUUGCGGGGGAAGACAUGUUAGCGCUGUUGAAUGCGCCACAGUUUAUAUGCAGCACGCCCCUGUAUUCCAUUUUGGAUGCGCUAGGUGGUCCACCUUUCUUCUUGUGUUUUUCCUCCUUGCAACUUCCCCACUCGGGGGCAUUCGAGGAGGCGUGGGAAUGUGCAUGCGCUGCAGUUAAAUGGCACACAACUAACAAUCUACUUUGCCCUAAGGCCCAACGUGGGGACGCCCAUCUCCUUGCGUUAGUCAAAGCCUUGCUUUAUCAUCGGAUACAUGUAUCAGAGACAACGGCAUCCUCCUUGUGCGAUGUUGUUGGUGACCGACUCAUCACCCGUAUGGAUAUUCUACCACUUCUUCUUGAGUUUACUGUUUGGGCGAGGGAUACCGGUGCUUUUCGCUUUGUUGUGGGUAAAUUGCGUCAGUAUAUCCUUGACGAUGUGUAUGGCCGUUUCAACAGACAAAUACUUGGUGCUGGUCGUCAUAUUGCGUCAACUGAGGGCGAAUGCAAUGCUUUGGAGGAGUUUCUUUUGCAUCUUCACAUACACUUUUCAGAAGGCAUUGUUGGUAGUUGGGAUACCUCUCUCAUUCCCUUUGCCACAGAGUUUCUGACGGCUCUGUGCCAAACGGCGACUCACGCGAGAAGGGUUGUGAAGGCGGCCACUGCUCUGCUCGCUUUGGACAAACCCUUGACGUCCGCGGCGAUAGAGUGGGUGAUUGGCCUCUUAGAGGCUGUGUUUUAUUUAAUGAACGAGAAUGUUAUUCUUUGUGGAGAUGAAUCUGCGAGUUUAGCUGAAGACAUUACCGCCAUUUUUAAGUCUUCACACGAGGCCGUGCGUCGCAAGGCACUGUCUUUGUUUUCACGCACACCAAUGUCUAGGACCCAGUUAGACGCCGUAAUAAGCCAGUACAUGGUGAGGGGAGUCCUCUCUUCGGUUGACGACUUGCUCUCUGAGGAGGAGUUUCUUACUAUUGUGGGGAUCAUUGAACGAAGCGCGGCCUCAGGUGACACCACUCGAGCUCGUGGGCUUCUGUAUUUUCUCGUCACACUUCUUUCCCACGUCCCAAAUGAAAUUCGGUUGGGUAUCCUGUCACUGCUCGAGGAGAUAACGUGUGAAAGAGGCGCAUUUGAGGGUGGGCUUCUUUCUCCUCUUGACACCGGUGGGUUCCCUGUCUCUCUGUUGUAUGGCCGCUUGCUGCACGUGCUGCAUAUGGUAGAGGGCAAUUGCUCCUCCUUGGUUGAGUCAUUUGUGAGGUUGGUGAUCCGUAUGUGUGUGGGAAUGGUUUCGGUCUCGUGUGAGAGAAAUGACAUGAAUUGUGGCCAUCUCCUAGGUGAAGUGGGUCUAGCCUCUCUAACGUGUGUAGCGUCGAUAUUAAAACGUUCUGGACGUGAGGGAUCGCUUGAUGCUUGCAUCAGCAGCGCGUUAAUCCGGGCUUACCGGUAUUCAUCUGAAGUGUUACGUGCCUACAGCAUGCAUCUUGAGAAGGGAACUGCUACCGGAGCGUUUCUGAUGAGCUAUGUUUCGUUCCUAAAAUCCACUGCAAUUGUUGUGAUUCUUCUAAGUUGGUGUGAAAGAGACUAUCGGCUCUCUAGUGAGGUUAAAGUAGAAGAUGAGAGUUGCGUUUGCCAUGCGGCGGCGGAGGCUUACUUGGCUCAGUUUUCGAAACCUAUUCAUUUUGGAGACCACCACCUUAGUGCCCGCCUCUGCAUGUCAUUUUUUGAAGGUGGGCAAAGGUUAUUUUUCCAGUUGCAGCAAGCUGGCACCACUGGGCUUCACGCCAAGGAAGUAAAGCAGAUCUCUCAGGAGUUACUGACACUGCAAUGGAGAGUGGCAGUGACCCUACUAAAUGACGCAGACACGAGCGGAGAAGAUCUUAUGAAAGAGCUUGCUCUUCUAUAUGUUGCAAGUAGCGGCAGCGCCAGUUACGGCUUUAAGUUUUCGACUUGGAAGGAGAGAGAGAGGUUGGUUGAACCACCAUUGGGUUCCGACUGGAAGCAUUUGCAAUUCGCUCCCGGUGCUUUAAUUACUGAGCUUCUGAAAGUGGAUUAUGAGAGAGCGGUGAGGGAGAGCGCCCCAUGGCUAAUCGUUUCUAGAGGUGCAUCAAGUCUUCUUAGUGAAUCUCGGCUGGAGAAUUCUAGUCGAUACAACAUGGCGGUGUCCAUAUGCCGUCUUGUGCGGUACAACAGCGGUAUUUGGUCUAACGUGAAGGGGGGGUUUACUCCAUUGUCCGUUGCGGAACUGGAUUCGAACAUCAAAACGAAUGCUAUGAGUAUCGGAGGUGCCGCCUUAAAACCUCUACCAGAGGGGGGUGAUGGUAUUAGCGUACAUUGGGAAGUGGAGUUUUCGCGUAGUGGUGUGGCUUCGCUGGAAAGGUACAUCAAUGAUAUUCACUCGACUGCACUUUCUUCACUUAAUCAAUGUAGUGAGCGGUUUGCUCUUCUCCUUUUGUCGGUAAGUGCUGAACAGGCAUUGCAGCAUCGGGAAAAAAGUGGACUGGCUGUAGAGCAGUACUGCCGCUCCGUUUUGCGGCAAGUAGCUUCGCAUCGAAAAUGUAUCGAGGGGGAAAGCAAGGCAGUACUCGCUGCAUAUGCAGCCUAUCGUUUUUCGUUAACACCAUGGUGGGGUCAAAGUGUAAAUCUCUAUGUUGCAUCCCCUGUGCCCAUGAACCAGUGGGAGCUCGACCGUUUUACGGGACCUGAGUGGCAGCGCAUUCGCUUUCGUCGCUUUGCACAUGCCAUGAGGGUUAAGCAUGUGAAGUCCAAAGGCGAUAUGCUCCCAUACGUUUAUCGAGGUGACAUUUCUUACCCCGAUGACACACAACUGUUGGAAAUUUACUCUGUUACGGCCGUUCCACAGUUGAUCGGAGUCCACUGCGAUGGACCUCAGCCUUUUGUGGCAAAGUGUGUCUUGGUUUUGCCCAUGGACCGGGUUCCCAUUACGCUGUACGUGUCGCCACAUACCAUUUCUUACGUUCACGACGAAUCAGAACCGUCCCCAGAUGCCACAGAAAGGGGGGUUACAGCGACACAGGCAACGAAGGGCAACGGAGGCAGUUGUUUUUCAGGUCUUCCGUGUAUCUCUGCGUCGGCCGACCAGGAGUCUGACACGGUGGCUUGCAAUGGAGAUGUGCGUCGCUACCAGAGGGUGUUUGCUGUAUCUUCUUUACGGGCAGUUUGGCCACGCCGUAAUUUGCUUCAGCCAUCUGCGCUUGAACUCCUUUUUUCGACUGGUGAAAGUAUAUUUUUGGUUUUUCAUUCUCAGGACACGAUGAAACUUGUCUCUGAUAUCGUCACUACCGUUGCAUGUCCUUAUCUUGAUAGGGCUCUGGUGUUAACGGAGGCAAACUUGAAGAUGUGGUGUAAUUGGUGGCGCGAAGGACGCAUCACCAACUUCCACUAUUUGAUGUACCUCAACUUUGCCGCGGGUCGGAGCUACGGGGAUAUGCGACAGUAUCCGGUAUUCCCGCAUGUUGUGGCUGACUUUUCGUCACUCACGUUGGAUUUGACGUCACCAUCCACGUACCGCUGCCUCAAGAGGCCGAUAGGUGCUCAAACCCCGGAGGGCAUCCAAAGGGCAGCUAAAACUUAUGCGGAGACCUCCACGGAUGUGGGCAUGGCUGUGGAGGCAUCGUGUUGCGGGUCGCCUUAUCACUACGGUUCCCACUACUCACCCUUAGGAGGCGCUCUUCAUUACCUUGUUCGUGUGCAACCGUUUUCAGACUUUUUCAUGAAGAUGAAUUCCAAGCUGGACGAUGCGGGUCGUGUGUUUGAUUCUGUUGGUGCAGCAUACGCGAUAGCAACCUGUGGUAAAGAUGUAAAAGAACUAUUACCAGAGUUUUACUGUUUGCCCGAGUUGUUUGUUAAUGCUAACCGUAUACCAUUCGGAACGAAGCAGGACGGGGAAGUCGUUAAUGAUGUGCAAUUACCCCCUUGGGCGUCUACCCCUCGCAAGUUAUCACAGACACUCAGAAGAGCACUGGAGGGUUGUUACGUCUCAGAAAAUCUGCACUCGUGGAUAGACUUAAUAUUUGGUUUCAGGCAGCGAGGAAAAGAGGCUGUCGCAGCACUGAACACGUUUCAUCCUCUCACCUACGAGGGUUCUGUGAACCUCCCAAAUAUCAGUGAUGACGUUCUCCGUUCCAGUCACGAAACACAGAUUGACUGCUUUGGGCAAACUCCACUGCAGCUGUUCUCCCAGCCACACAAAUCACGGCGGAAGAUAGCAGAUAUCACGUUCCGUCAAAGCCCAUGUCCUACCCUCCGCUGCGAUGCAUCAAAUUUGGCCCUUUGUGUUCUGCUGAACCCGGGACGACUCAUCCCUGCCGGCGUUUGCAAACGUAGCUGCGGGACCACUGUUGUGUUUCCCCGAACGAAGCUGAACGGCAUCGGAAGCAGUAUUGAUGAGGGCACCGAACGCAAGGCUCAAGAUGGCCAAGUGCGGCCCUUGGUGCUACCGAAAGGUGUUUUUCCGUUCACAGUGGUUCACGAACAGGUUAGGGAUUGUCUUCGUUACAAAGGCAGUUGUAUUGUUUUGGUCGAUGGCAAGGAUGCGUCACACCAGACACGUUCAUUUCAUGUCGGAUAUGGGGAAAUAACAGCUCUAACGGUCGACUCACCAAAUGUUUACGUGGGGAUGGAGUCUGGAGCCAUUCACAUGCUAACGAUGACGUAUGACACUUUUCUGGAAGUUGAGUUGACCUUUCGUGAUGGGAAGGGAGUGCGGCUAGGUGGGGAGGAGGUAUUCCAAAGGUUUCUACAGGGUAAACUCAAUUUCACUGAAAGCCGCCAGACAGCUUGUCGAACUUUGUGUGUGCUUUACGGUCACACCGCACGCGUGACUGCCCUAUGCUUGUCCAGCGAGUGGGGCAUUUUGGUCUCAUCCUCCGAGGAUUGCAACGUCGCACUGUGGGAUACGGAGCGCCGUGUGCUAAUUCGUACUAUCCCCAAUCAUCUCAUGUCACCAGCGUACUCCAAAUUUCCGAUGAAAAGUGUCAUGAACCACCGACUACAGGGUAGCAGUGGGUCGUGGUAUUUUGAUCUCAUCACUGUGAACGCGAAGCAUGGGGACAUUAUUUUAGCGGGUGGUUCGCUCGCUGGUUUGCACGAAGUCCGACGGUACUCCAUCAAUGGUGAGUUUUUGGGUUUCUACUCGCUGGGGGAAACUCCGGCAACUGCCAUUCUUUCAGUCGGUGAUAUUGUGUUUGUUGGUAGAGGGAGUGUAGUUCACAUGUUGAAGGGGAAUAGUUUAGAGUGGUCAUGUGAUCUUAUCCAUCCUGGGAUCGAAGACUGCAUCGAGUCGUUGGCUUUGAGUCCUAAUGGUCAAUCUCUCGUUGCUUGUGAUCGGAGGGAAAAUCUUGUUACAUGGAAGGUAGCACCGCAGUAA